AUGUACUCCUCCCAGCCAACCCCUUCCUCCAACACGACGGAGUGGUGCUGCGACUACAUCGACUGGGCGUGCCCCUGCCCGCACCACCAGGCCCUCACAUACCCACUCUACGAGAGGCCGAUCGACAUGCUCGUCUACCUCACCCACUACCAGGACGCAGGCGACUGCUGCCGCGAGGAGACCGAGUGCCGUGUCGUCGGUUGUGAGGACGAAGAGUUCGGCGACUUCGAGACGAUGCGUGUUCCUCUUUGUGCGGACCACUUCUCGCAGAUUAUCCUCGACAGGGCCGAAGUACGCGCUUCGGACAGUGUCAAGUACUUGAGGAUGGAGAUCAGGCACGCCGUCUACGAGCUCAACGCCACUCUCAUCGACCUCCGCCGCGGUCUUUGCAGCGACGACGAGGACAUGGAGGAGUCCGAGUCCGAGGAGGAAUCUGAGGACUCUAGCGACGACGGCGAGUUGGUCGACGACUACUGA